AUGUCGAAUCAGGCUCUGGAUGAAGUACUUGUGCCAGGAAGUGUGAUGAAGCCUGGUGCACCUUAUCUUGCAAUCAACGGUACAAGGACUUUCGAAAAGGAUGACAAAAGGUCAAUAGAAGAAAAAGUGUCCAAAACCCUUGGCCGGUUUCUGAAGCACUACGGCCAGAUUCGCCGCCUCAGUGAAGGUGUGAACUUUGGAUGCAAUGGCGUAAUGAGUACAGAAAUCGACGGAAGACGUCCUGACCAUUCUGUGCUUCUUCCAGAAAUACUAAACUGCGACUACUUCACGCAGCAAAUAGCGUUUCUCUGA